ACCUGCUGGCUAAGACCGGCGUGUCUGCGAGACUGAGGCUAGUGUAACGAGAAGCGACGACUGAACGACUCUAAGUACAAAGGGCGCUGAAACCGGGAGAGUGUUUAAGGCGACAAUAUGGGAUGUACACUUUUUUAUUACCUGUUGAUUGCAAGUUUUUCUAUCAGAGUUUAUGGACUGACAAUGGAAUCAACAGAUACAAUUUCUCUUGAGAAAGUCAGUGGUGAAACUGCUCUAAUGGAUUGCAAAUUUAAAACUACAUCAGACGACAUAGGACAAUUAGGCAUAGAGUGGGUACUUCUGCCACCUGAUGUUCAAAGUAAAGAUACAAUGCUGCUUAUGUACUCUGCGGGCAUGGUUUAUGACCAGUACUAUGGCCCAGUAAUAGGUCGCAUUCACUUGAGCUCCCAAGAUCCAGCAAGUGGCGAUGCUUCAGUAGAAUUAACCAAUUUGAAACCUACAGACUCUGGGACUUAUCAAUGCAGAGUAAAGAAGAUUCCAGGAAAUGGAAACAGAAAAAUUACCUUGAAUGUGAUAGUAAAGCCAUCGACCCCAAGAUGCUACAUUGAGGGAACACCAGAGAACACUCGGGAUAUUACUCUUAAAUGCUUAUCAAGUGAAGGUACAACACCAAUGUCAUAUUUGUGGUCAAAAAUUACUGACACAAAAACUCUGCCUCAGAAUGCUGUUUUGGAAAAUGGAGCUUUAAUUGUGAAAAAUUUAACAGAUGGUAAUUCUGGAACUUACCAGUGUGUGGUAACAAAUAGAGCGGGCACAGACCAGUGUAUUGUGAACUUAUCUGUAGUUCCACCAAAAAACACCUCUGGUGUAAUAGCUGGUGCAAUUAUUGGGACUCUUCUGGCUUUACUUGCCCUUGCAAUAAUCCUCAUUUGCUGGUACAGAACACGUAACAAAAAAAAAUAUGAGAAGGAAAUUUCUCAUGAAAUCAAAGAAGAUGUUCCACCUCCAAAGAGCCGUGCAUCAACUGCCCGGAGCUUUGCUAGUGUUGGCAGUAAUCGCUCAUCCUUGGGUUCCAUGUCACCAUCCAACCUACAUGAAUAUUCUCUCAAGCCUCACUAUGACAAAAUUCCUUCUGAAGAAUAUGAGCGCCCUCCAAGUCAAGCUCCAAAUCUUCCAUCGGCCAAGUAUACUCCUUUACCUGCCAAUGGAAGCCUGACAGUUGUCUGAUAUCUGCACCAAACCAGGCCAUCAUGAAAAAAGAAGAACAAUGGACGUUUAGAAGUGUGUCUUGUAGAAAUGUAUCUUUUUAUGAAAAAUGUGAGAAUUUUUUUCUAUCUACUAAACAAUUAAUGGUCCUCCAGAUUUGCACAUAUUGUACUGGGAGUUGAAUUUUUCUUCUGAUUUAAUGUUUUUUUGUUUUCUUUUUUAAUGUGACAGCUUUUAUGUAGACUCAUUACAGCACUGUAAAGUUGUUUGUUGAAGGAUUAAAAAUUGGCAGCUACUGUCCCUUGACAGAUGUUGCACUUUCACGUCACAUCAGGAAAUCAAAAAUGGUUUUUGGUGUUAAUAUAAGUUCAUUGACAACAUUGUGUAAGAGUUAAAAUGGAGGACUUAAGUAACAUAAUUACACUCUUGUUGCAUAUACCCAUUGUCUUUUCUUUUCUGCACCCAUUUUUCAGUUGUCAGGUUGCAGGAGCUUGAGUCUAACCGAGCAGCGCCACAUGUAAUGCAGGAGCCAAACCUGGAAGCCAAUCCAUUACAGGAUCCACACUCCUUCAGAGAGGUCCGGUUUACAAACGGAUGUCACACAGACGGUAGUCUUGCUGAAGCCAGACAUAUAACAUACAUACUGUACAUGGAGACAACCAUUGCAGAAUUUUGCUUAAAACUGGAUGGGAACAAUUAGAUGGCUCACUGAGUGUCACAUUCCUAAUCCAAUCCAAUGUCUCAUGAAGGUGGUGCUCAAAAUAGGGGUGAUGAUUUUGAACUGCAAAGGUCAGAGGUGCUCUUGCUAACCUGGUCUGACAGACAGCAAGCUUCUGUUUGCAAUAGUCAAAAAGCCUAAAAAAAUUACUAAACAUAUAAAUGUGUGUUGCAUAUGCAGAGAGCACAUUGCACAUUACAAAAAUAAACAUAACCUGAUGCUUUUCUGUAACAUCAGAUUAAUGGCCGAAUGGUAAAUGUGAACAAUACUCGCUGGUGAUGUGAACUGCAAUAUAUGAACUUCAAAAUAAGCAUUUGAAGUAAACGGUGUGUCACGCUCUGCAAAAGGACUGUCGUUAAGAGAUCUGAUAACGAAGCACCGCAGGAGAUGCAGAUUUCAGUGCUCAAAACAACCGAAUCAACAAAUCUGCCUAACGACACCAGUAAAGCACAGACAAGACUGCACAGCACCCACCUUCUGACUGCACAUCCAAACGAUUAACUAAAGAAAUAAAACAUCACUAUCUAAUUAGAAAAUCAAACAUACCAUGACAAAAUAUGAACAGCGUUUUAAUAGGUUGUAUACCCAUAGAAACUCAAUUUGCUGUUGUUACGUCACAUAGUGUGAUAGCAGACAAAUGUGUGGAGCCCAGUAGCUGCAGUGGUCUAUGUGUGUGUCUAUCUGUCUGCACUGUCGCCACACUCAUUAUAGCAUAUAAAUUAGUUGUUAAGUUUCAGUUACCUUAUGCUACUGAGCUCCUCAAUGAAUAGCAGCAAUUUUAGCCUUUCACCUUCUCUGUGACAAGUUUCUUUUGAUUAGAAUCUUUUGCUCUCUCCUUGAAACCCCAACAGCAGUUUAAAACUCACAGACUGGAGAAAUUGGUGGGUGGUGUUUUAGGAAGAACUCCUGUGUGUGCGGCCUUUGAAGCGUUAAGAUUUCACUGCUAUUCACUACACACUUUUUGCUCCUCCAUGCGUGUAUUCUUAUUCAGAGAGUCACGUCUGGCUCAGCAAGACUACAGACAGUGACAGGGCUGGGAAUGAAAGAUACAGAGUUGAACGGCCUUUUAGUACACAAACAGCAAACUGUUGUGUCAUUUGACAUUUAUUAUUGGUUUAGUUGUAUGUUUUUAAAGCCGUGUUUGUAUUUGAAGAUCCUGAGGGAUGUAUAGGGCUCCACUUAAUGUAGUCAAGAGCUACACUUUUGAAAUAAAUUACUGCUCUUUAUAUUGCAUAACCAAAGUGUGAAACAUUUAACUGGAAUUCACACUCACGUAUGAGAAGUCCAUGCACAUAUUAAAUGCAAGUCUGACCUCGAGCAUUUGAGCACCACCCUGUCUGGCAGCGAGGCAUCAUUCACCUCUUUAAAAUAUUUUAGAGUGCAAUACGGAUGCAGCAACCAUGGGUCACCCAUUCACAUUGGGCUUUCAUAUACAUUACCCACAGUUUGUAUUUAUCGGUAUGUCGUCUUCAAAAAAUUAAAAAAUCAUCAUAUGAUCAGUGAUCUACAUUCAGAAUUCAUUGUUGAUGAACUGACAAAAAAUGUGCACAGCACAUGGUGAGGUUGAAUCUUCCGUGUCUAACUCUGGCUGUUGGGCAGGGCGUCUCCUGGCCUCAUUAAUAAUAACAAUAAUUCUUUGUAUUUAUACAGCGCUUUUCUCACUACUCAAAGUGCUCAGCAAUUGCAGGUU